AUGGCAGAACAGGUCAACAUCCUUUCAAAGGAAUUUUGGAUGCCAGACUCUUCUUCAAAGAUGUGCUCUAAUUGUGAAAAACCUUUUACAUCAAUCAGAAGACGGCACCACUGCAGAUAUUGUGGAUUUUUAUUUUGUUCGAAUUGUACAAGAUCUAACUCUCAAAUAAUUUUUUUUAACCUUUAUUAUUUCCAUCAAAAUAUUUUAAUUCUUAUAACAUUUUUGAUAAAUAUGAACGAAACACUGUUACUAUUCAAUUACUAGGAUAAGAGAAUUCUUCCCGAUGGUGUUCAAAUUUUAAGAGCUUGCGAGCCUUGCAUAAAUGCUUUGUCUGCACCAAAAAGACCAUCAAGAACUUACCUGACUCGGCAAAUGACUAUUCAUAAAGUUCAAGACCCCUCUAAAGCUGUAGGACAAAAUGAGCAAGAGCAAGAAACAUUGCAAGAAAAAAUCAAGGAAGCUGAAGUCCAAAUCAAAGAACUAAAUGUGAUAGAUUUGCUAGGCGAAAUGAAUAGCAUGAGUGGAAGUGAAUAUGAACAAUACACAAAUGAUUUUAUGGAAUUGAGGACAGAAGCAGUUUUAAGAGAACUUGAGCUUGGACUUGAUAAAAAAGAAAUGAUUAUUGAGUUGGUUAAAAAGGUCGUAGAAACCAUUUGCCCAUCAACACAAUUUAGAGAUGACUUAAUGGAUUUGAGCUCAUAUAUUAAAUUUGUUAUGGUUGAAUCUGCAGAUACAUCUUUGACAGAAUUUGUAAGUGGAGUUAUAAUUAAACAAAAUGAUGCGAAAAGGCUUGAAACGAUAGAUAAUCCAAAAAUUUUAAUGCUACUAGGAAUGGACAAUGAGCAAAAUAUUGAAAAUAAUAUUGAUGCAGAAGAAAAGCAGGCUGGAUUAGAUUCAAAUUAUUCAAGAAUGGUAAUUAAAAGGAUCCAAAGUAUAAGACCAAACAUAAUUCUGCUUGAAAAGUCCCUCAAUAAAUCAACUGUUCAGGAACUUGAGAAAUUAGGAAUUACAAUUCUAAUGAAUUUAAAGCCAAAACAAUUAGAUUUAGUUGCAAGAGUUUUAGGAGGAAAGGUGCUUGAAUCUGUAUAUCAUUCUUCAUUUUUGGAUUUAUAUUUAGGAAACUGUACAGAAUUUUCCUCUAAAAAAUUGGAAAACGAUCGGUAUGUUUACUUUUCAGGCCCAAAAUACUCAUCAAUUGGAGGUUCCAUAAUACUAUCAGACACUAGCAAAAAAAUAUUAAAAUCAACAAAAAUGGCUCUUAAAAGACUCUUAAAUGAGUAUAGACACAUUAAAUUAGAAACUCAAUUUUACUUACAAGCAAACAUAAAGCCUUUUUCCAACAUUUUUUUGAGUAUGCAUAAUAUGAAUGCUAAUUUUAUUUAUUUAUCCAUUAGCAGAAACCAGAUUUGCCGAAAAUCAAACUUAUCAGGAUUUUUGUUCUAUGGAAUUGAUGACCAGCCCCUUGGUGAAUUUUUAACGGCAAUUAGCCAAGAAAUAGAUGAAUACUGCGACUAUGGCUGUGGAAACUACCUUAAAUCUCAUACUUAUUAUUUUGUGAAAAGCAAUGGUAGAGUUAAAAUUUCUUUUUCAAAAGUGAUUAAUUCCGGCGUCGGUGAUGAAAUUAAAAUGUUUAUUUCUUGUGCUCACUGUAAAAGUGAUGAAGAAAACCCUAUCAAUGUGAGCAGGUCUAUAUGGGAAUUAUCUUUUCACAAAUUUAUCAGCAACUUUUUGCUUAACCAGUAUAUAACUCAAAAGAAAUGCAGCCAUGAUUUAUAUAAAUCUCAUAAAUUUAUUUUUCUUUUGGCUUCUGCGAGAAUAAGCAUGAUUUGGGAAGAAAAUCAUAUGUAUGAGCUUGUUCCUCAAAAUUAUAACUGUGAGGCACCAGCUGACCAUGAUAGAGAGGCUGUCGAAAUUUUAUUUAAUAUGCUGAAAGAAAACGGAAUGCUAAUUUUGAAUUUUUUGCAUAGUUUCAUAUGUGAGCUAAUUGAAAAAAUUAAUAAAGAUAAGCAAGAAGACCAAGAAGAAUGGAAUGAAAUGUAUAAAAAGAGUACAGCUAUUAAAGAAGAGAUUGAACAGAGAAGAGACAAGCUGGAGAAUACUGAAGUUAAUAUCUGCAAUAAUUAUUUUGCAAUUGAAAAAGCUAAAAGAAGCUUGUUUCUUAAAUGCUGUAAUAUGAAAGUGCAGUCAGAAGUAACAAGCAACAAUGUAUUAAGGCUAAAAUUAGGGUUUAAAACUGUAAUUGCAGAAUCAAUACCAACUAGAGGGCCUAGAUCUGACUCAGAUCCUGCAAUUUCAAUGAAGCCUCUGGCUCUUCCACUUACUGUAGCUCCAUUCAGUGAAAAAGAUAAAUUCCUAGACCAUCCUGCCUUUACAUUCUUGAAGCAUGGGAACAUGACAUUACCUUUAGGGAUUAAUAAACAGUGCAUCUCAGUUGAAGAAAAAGACAGAAUGUCUAUAAUUGCUUACUCUUUAAAUUCCGUACAAUAUCAAAAAUAUAUGUCAGCAUUUGCAGAAGAUUUUAAAGAAACAAUUGAAAAUCAGCUAUACAUAAAUGACCAUUUUACAUUCCAUGCUUCAAAUUAUGAAGAAAAUAAUAGGAAAGAUGAUUUCAGGCGGCUUUAUGGAGACCGAAUAUCAAUUAGUACUACAGCGUAUUUUCCUAAACAAUUUGAUGCUUUCAGGAAACUUUUAUAUGGCCAGAAUUUCGAUCUAAUUAACUCGAUAAUAAAAUCAAAAUUAGAUGACGAAUCAUUCGGUCCCAAAAAAUUUUUUAUUUCACAUGAUCAUCGAUUUUUAUUGAAAUUAAUUACUGAGCAAGAAUUUUUGAUGCUUACCCAGCUUGCUCCAAAUUAUUUUCGUCAUAUUUAUAGACACUUUUAUAGAGAAAUGCACUCAAGACUGUUAAAAAUUAUUGGACUAUAUAAAGUAGUAUUCAAUAAUCACUAUUCUGGCUGAAGCAGAAUUGAAUACUUAUGUUUAAUGGAAAACUUGAGAUACAGAAUGCCAUUGAAUUCAGUUGUGUAUGAGCUGAGAGGGACAUCAAAAAAAGACCAUAGGAAUAGAAAAGGGGAUAUGACUUUUCUAAAUGAUUUUGAUGGGCUUCCAAUCAAUUUAUCUUGGGAGGAAAAACAAAUAUUAGACGCUGGGAUUUGAAAUGACUCUAUUUUCCUAUCAAAACAAAAUAUCGUGGACUAUACAUUGCUGGUUGUGAUUUCCAGCGAUAGAAAAGUCAAUAUUUCCUUGAUUGAUUAUUUCCAACAAUACACUCUGUCCCAUGCGAUAAAAAACAGUGGGAUUAAAGAAGAAUUAAACCCUCCAUUACUGCCUUAUACCUAUAAAGAGCGAUUUCGCAUGCAAAUAAGCCAAAGCUACUUUCUUUGUCCUGAUAAAUAUAAUUAA